AUGGCUCCCAAGAAGAAGGUCCGCCAGCCUUCGAGGGCUGCCUCAACACCGGUCGGUGACGUAGUCGAGCAGGCAGAGGAGACACCGACCACAAUGAAGCCGGAUUCGGGCAUAGGGAUCAUCGUCACAGAUGCAUGGACUGAUGAACAGGAGACAUCGCUCUUCAAAAGCAUGGUUAGAUGGAAGCCUGUAGGCAUGCAUAAACACUUCCGAAUGAUAUCUAUCUCUGAGAAUCUGAGGAACCAUGGCUACUCCUCUCCUCAAAAUGCUCAUACACGAAUACCAGGGAUCUGGGAGAAACUGGGGAGUCUGUACAAUCUCGAGACUCUUGAUGCAAGAGAAGACGCUUUCGGCGAACCAAUCCAAAUGGACGGUGAUCCUGCUGAGCAGCCCUUCUGUCCGUUCGCAUUACCUGAAGAUGAAUACCGGGACAUGAUGUUUGGAAAGAGAUUAGCAGGUGAAGGAACUUCGUCGCCGCCGCUACUUGCCCACCAGCUCUCUGGCAUGUCUGUUGAAGGCGGAAGAGCGGCAAGAAGAUAUAGUACCGUGGACGACACAGAUGAUCCACGUUCUUCGCCAGCAUCAAUUAGUGGGCAAAAAAUAAGCCGCAACACUCGUACGUCGAAGGGUACGCGAACAUCGCUGCUAGCAGAAGUCUCGACGAUUGGAGGAAGACAGGGGAGUAAAGGAUCAGUGGAUCAAGGUACUGACGAUGGUCAGAAGGACGAUGAAGAUGACGGCGAGGCCAUGGGGGAAGACGAGAACGAUAGUAAAGCUGCCACGCUGAAGGAUACUAGCAAAGCAUCGAAAGGAGCUGCAAUAAAAAGUAAUGCGUCGCGGAGAAGUGGACGGAAGAGGUAG